AUGGAUUGGAAAUUUAAAAGCGAACCCUCAGUUUUCGAACUUUCAAAAUAUAUCGAAGCUCAAGAUUUAGACAGUAUAUUGAAUUAUGAAUGUUUAUUACAUGAAAUCAAAUCUGAAAAUUAUGAAUUAAUUAAUUAUUUAUCUAAAGAUGAUAAUUUAAAAAAAAUUAUAAGUUAUAUAAUUGAAGAAAAUGAUGAUAAAAAUAACUAUGAUAGAUAUUAUCGGUUUCCAUAUAAAUGCCAUCAAAUUAUUAGUUCUGAAAAUAAAAUAAUUACUGAUUCUAUAGUAUAUAAUAAUAAUAUAAUGAAAUAUUUUUGGAGUUUUAUUUUGAAUAAAAAUCAAUUAAAUGAAGUGUUGGCAGGAUAUUUUAGUCGAUGUGCAAUAGCAAUAUAUAAUAAAAAUUCUAAAGAAGUUGUAAAUUUUUUAAAAAAAAAAAAAGAAUUAUAUUUAAAAGGGUUUUUAUAUCAUUUUUAUUCUAGAAAUAUAACUGAAUUAUUUAAAGUAUUAUUAUUUGUUAAGAUACCAUAUCUAACUAUAUUUGAAAACAAAAAUAUUAUAUAUCUUAUUUUAAGCAAUUUAAAUGGAAAUUUUUCAGAUAAUAAAUAUAUAAUAUCAGAUAGAGAAGAUAAUAUAGCAUGUCUUAUAAGAGAUUUAUUUGUCAGAAAAACCGAAAUAUAUUAUUUUAAUUAUUUUAUAAUUGAUUUAUCAUCACAAAUUUCAUUUUUAUAUCUAAUUAAAUGUGUUUUUUCAGAAUGUACUUACACUGUUUCAGCUGCUAUAACUAUUAUAUCAGAUUUGUUACAUUAUACGGUUCUCGCAAAAUCAUAUAAUCAAAUUGAUUUUUAUGAAUGUUUAGAUAUAUAUAAUAAAGAAGAAGAAGCUAAAAAAAACGAAGAAUUAAAAGAAUUGGAAAUUUUACAAAAAAAAAAAGAAACAAAAAAAAAAAAAAAAAAAAAAAAAAAAAGAAAAUCAAUUAAAUUAUUAGAGGGAAAUAUAUUUGUUUCGAAAACACAUCUAACUUCUAAUCAAGGUUAUCAAACUAUUGGUGAAGAUAAUUUAUUUUUACAAAAUUCUAACAUAGAUACAAAUUCUGAUUUUCCAACUAUUGAAACUGUACAAAAUGAAGAUGAAGAAAAUGAAGAAAAAUAUGAAAAAGUUAAACGUGAAAUUGAAAAAAUAGAAAUCGAACAACGUGAUGAUAUAAAUAAAGAUACACAAUUAAAUCAUAUUAGUAAAAAAAUAAAAGAAGAAAAAAAUAUACAAACACAAAUAACAUCUAAUGAAGAUGCAAAUGAAAAUUUAACUACAUCAAACUUUUCUAAUCAAAAUAUAUUAACAGAUGAUUUGGAAAAUUCUAAUCAUUUAAUAUAUACAGACCAAAUAAAUACUGAUAUAAAAAUUGGGAAAAAUAUUAAUUUCAUUGAUAAUCUUGAUAAUAAUCAAAAUAUAAAUUAUAAUGAUUUAAAAAAUGAGAGAUAUAAUAGUGAUGGUUUUUCUUUUGCUUCAGAUUUCUCAUCAGAUUAUUCUACUAAUGAUGAUAAUAUAGAACAUUUAAAAAAAAUAAAAUUCGAUGAGGUUUUAAAUAAAAUGAAAAAUAUUGCUACACUUAAAAAAGUUUCACAAUGUCAAUCGGAAUAUAAAAUGAGUAAAGAAGCAGAAGUAGGAACAGAAGUAGGAACAGAAGCAGAAGCAGAAGCAGGAGCCUUAUCAUGGAAUUCGAUUUCUCAAAAUGAUCAAAUUUCUCAGAAAAAUCAGAAAAAUGCACAAAAUUUGCAAAGCUUGCAAAGUUUGCAGAGUGAAUCUCCUUGCUCUGGCACAACUAAUAAUGCAAACAAUAUGUAUAACGAAAUGGCUGUGGAAACAAAUAGAAUGGAAAUUAUAGGCAUUGAAACGGGGCAAGAGUAUACUCAAAAUGACCAAGCUAGCACCACCUUGCAAAACAAUUCUAAUCACGUUAAAACAACAUUUAAUAUAUUUCAAAAAGAAGAAAGAGAACCAACCAUAACUUUGGAAAAGUGGGUCGAAUAUUUAGAAAAUACUUUAUUUAUAGAUAUAUGCUUUUUAAGAUAUAUAAAAGAUAUAAUGAAUGUAUAUAUAAAAAAUAUAAAAAAAAAUAAAGAUAAAAAUAUUUUAGGAUUUACAACAUUAGAAAUUAUACAAUUAAUAAAAACAUUAAUUAAAACAAAAUCAAAAAAUAUAUUAACUGAAAUAAUUGAUGAAGGGUUUUUUGAUAUAUCUAUUGAUAUAUUUUUUAAAUUUAAAUGGAAUAAUUUAUUACAUAUAUCUGUUUGUGAUCUUUUACAAACUAUAAUAUUUAAAGAAAAUGAAUAUUCUUAUGUUUUAUAUUAUAUUUUAGCUUUAACUACAUUUCUUCCAAAAUGUUUGCGAUAUUUUGAUGUUGUAAGACGAUGUCGAAAUAUAAAAAAAAAAAAAAAAAAAAAAAAAUUAGAAGCCUUAAUAGAUUGUGGUUAUAAAGCACAUCUUCUUCAUAUUUGCCAAAUAUUGAGCAACAAAUCUUUAGAAAUUAAAUGGCUAUCAAAUUUUUUAGUUACUGUUUCAGGUUGGAAUGAUAUUAUUAUUGAAGAAUUAAACCAUUAUUCUUUAUAUUUUAAUGAUUCUAAUUAUAUUAAUGAUAAAAAAAUUGAAGAUACUAAUCAAACACAACUACUACAAAAUAAUAAUCACGAUAUUUCUCAAUCUGAUGAUUAUAACAAAAUACAAAAUUCAGAAAAUAAUAAUUUAUUAAUUCAUCCUCAAAAUAUUCAAAUCUCUAAAGAUAUUGAAAAUCCUCAAUUUUCAUCAGAAAUAUUAGACAAUUCCAUUAUCCCAAAUGACCCAAAUAGCCAAAAUGACUCAACUAGCCAAAAUGACCCAGCUAGCCAAAAUAGCCAAAAUAGCCAAAAUGAUCAGAAUUAUCAAAAUUAUCAAAAUGACCCAAAUUAUCAAAAUGAUCAAAAUUCUAGUGAUAUAAAUUUUAGCAACUAUUCGAAUGUUAUAGAUAUCCUAUUUGAUGAAAAUAAAAAUGUAUAUCCUAAAUAUGAAGACGAAUUUCAAGAUAAUAAAAAUUCUUUUAAUUUUGAAAAUUAUAAUCAAUUUGCUAGCAUUGAUAAUAAUCAGAAUAGUAACGCAAAUUUUGUGGAAAAUAAAAAUAGUUAUUUGUAUGAAGAUAACACAAAUGAACAAAAUGGUUAG